CGCACUGCGCGUCAGACAAAGCCUUCAACUGGACUCUUUAAAAACUUGAAUGAAUUCACGCAGUUUCAUAUCAGAGUUAAUCUUUUGAUAUGAAUGGACUCGCAGUUUGAGGUUGUUGGGUUUUUUUUUUUUACAGCGCUUUUUUCCCGCUGAAGAUAAAUGUGACAUGUCGGAGGAAAAUAACUCAGCGGAGGCAGACUUUUACACCCAGAAUGUUGAAUGUCCCGGGGAAGAGUCGUUUGGCUUUGGCGAUGAGCUGGAGUUAAAUCAGUUCGACGGAUUGCCCUUUUCCUCGCGUUACUACAAAUUACUGAAGGAGAGGAGGAAGCUGCCUGUGUGGAAGGUCAGGUGCGAGUUUGAGGAGGCGCUGGUAAACAACCAGCUGGUUGUCGUGUGUGGCAAUGCAAAGACGGGGAGGAGUACACAGAUCCCUCAGUGGUGUGCAGAAUUCUGUCUGUCAGACCAGUAUCAGCACGGCAUGGUUGUGUGCACACAGACCCACAGGCAGCAGACCGUGGAUCUGGCCUUGCGCGUGGCUGAUGAAAUGGAUGUAAACAUAGGCCAUGAAGUGGGAUACACCAUCCCCCUGGAGACCUGCUGCUCCUCUGACACUGUUCUCAGAUAUUGCACUGAUGAUAUGCUGCUAAGAGAAAUGAUGUCAGACCCUUUCCUGGAGCAGUACGGGGCCAUAAUUAUUGACCAGGCCCAAGAGAGGACAGUGAGCACAGACAUACUCCUGGGUCUCCUGAAGGGAAUCCUGCUACAGAGGCCCGAACUCAGAGUGGUGGUCAUCACCGUCCGGUCCAUGACGGACAAGCUGCUGGGCCACUUUGGCAGAAUCCCACUCAUCAGUCUGGAGGCCUCGCAUUCUGCUGAGGUGGUCCACAGUAACAACGACAACAAAGAUUACUUCUACUUAGCGCUGAGGCUGGUGCUGGAGAUCCAUCAAGCCAAAGAGGAUGGAGACGUGGUUGUGUUUUUUGCCUCCGCUAAGGAGGUGGACUGUGCCCAAAGCAUCCUGGAGAGAGAAGGAACCAGGCUGGGAGCAGAUUUGGGAGAAAUGGUGCCUUUGGUUCUGAACCCAGGCCAAGUAGGGCGACUGCCAUUCAUGACCAACCAACAAGGCUCCAAGAAGCCAAGGAGAGUUUUCCUAUCGACACAACAAGGGGAGGAUAUGUGGUGUGCUAUUGAGUCCAUCAACUUUGUCAUUGAUGCAGGAGUCCAGAAAAAGAUGGUGUACAAUCCAAGAAUAAGAGCUAACUCGGAGGUAGUUCGACCCAUCAGUCAAUGUCAGGCUGACAUACGCAAGCGGUUGUCUGGACCUACAGGUAAAUGUUUCUGCCUGUAUCCAGAGGAGAGUGAGCUUCCUGCAGAGAACCCCCCACAGAUACUAGAGUCCAACAUUACACCAACGGUUCUUUUCCUCAAAAGGAUGGAGAUCGCUGGCCUUGGACAGUGUGAAUUCAUUGACCAACCAGAUCCUGAGGGUCUCAUGCAGGCAUUAGAGGAGCUCGACUACCUCGCAGCUUUGGAUGAUGAUGGCAACCUGUCUGAGAUUGGCAUCAUAAUGUCUGAAAUCCCUCUGGACCCUCAGAUGGCCAAAGCUCUGCUGGCGUCCUGCGAGUUUGACUGUGCGAGUGAGAUGCUGACAAUCGCAGCGAUGCUGUCUGCUCCAAGCUGCUUCCUGAAGCCAUCCGCUGGUUUGACCCUGGAGGCGGUCCGGCGCCACAGAAAGUUCCAGCACCCUGAAGGCGACCACUUCACCCUCAUUAACAUCUACAACUCCUUCAAACAAAACCAGAGAGAUCAACAUGUCAGCACUGAGAAGUGGUGUGAGACCUAUUUCCUGGAUCACUCUGCCCUGAAAACAGCCGAGGCCAUUAGAUCAGAGUUGACUGACACUUUGAACAGGAUUGAGCUUCCCAUCGCUGACCCCUCCUUUGGAACCAAGACAAACACCCUCAACAUCAAACGGGCUCUCAUGGCCGGGUUCUUCAUGCAGAUUGCUCGUGAUGUGGACGGAUCGGGAAACUACUUCAUCUUGACACACAAGCACAUGGCCCAGGUGCACCCUCUCUCCAUCUACGGGGCUCAGUCACAGAAGCUUGGACUGCCAGAGUGGGUUGUCUUCCAUGAGUACACUCUGUCAGAGAACAACUACAUAAGAACGGUCUCAGAAAUGUCCCCUCAAGUGUUCAUUCAAAUGGCACCAGUGUACUUCUUCUACAAUCUGCCACCCAGUGAAAGCAAAGACAUACUGCAAGGCGUGUUGGACCCGGACACAUGCAGAAAACAUAAAGAGGAGAAACAGAAAGCAGCACCAAUCAGCGGCGACGCCAACAGUGGCUGCGGAGCGACACCACAGACGUACGACAGAUGUGUGAUUCAAUGAACAUAAGAGAUACAUGUGAGAAUCUGGACUCCAAUGCAAAUGUGUGUAUAAUAUUUAUCGUCAGUGCAAACCUGAGACCUUGAUAUUGAUAAAUUAUGGCUUGAAAGUUGUUGUGAUGUUCUCAUGUAACUGUUGCAUUCAGUGGGUGAAAUCGUUGUCUAGUGAGGUAUUUAAAAUGGAAGAACAUAAUGUGCACCCCAGACUGUGGUCAGUUUUGCUUGAUGGUCUGUCUUAUUCAUAAAACAAAUGGGUUUUUAAAAGUUCUGAAAUAACAUUGCUAUACUUUAUAUGACAUAAUAAGAUAAGAUUUUUUGGAUGUUUACAUAAUAAAAAUGACCUUAUUUGGGUUAUGGUAAUCAGAAAAUGCUCUUUACAUGGCAGUGUCUUCUGUUCUGUAUUCUGUUUCAUUAAAGGAGGAUAUUAGAAUAUUGUCUGUGUAAAUAGUCACUGUCU